GCGUUGAACUUUUGUUUCCGGAGGACAGUACAGGAGUGAACACUGGAGGGACACCGCAGUGAAACCGCUGGCGCGUGAGAUGAAAUGACAACGUCAACACUGCAGAAAGCGAUUGAGCUGGUCACUAAAGCCACAGAGGAGGACAAGGCCAAGAACUAUGAGGAGGCGCUGAGACUCUACCAGCAUGCUGUGGAGUAUUUCCUGCACGCCAUCAAGUAUGAAGCACACAGUGACAAGGCGAAGGAAAGCAUCCGUGGUAAAUGUAUGCAGUAUCUGGACAGAGCCGAGAAACUCAAGGACUACUUGAAAAACAAGGACAAACAGGGCAAGAAACCAGUGAAGGAAACACAGAGCAAUGACAAAAGUGACAGUGACAGUGAGGGAGAAAAUCCUGAAAAAAAGAAACUCCAGGAUCAUCUAAUGGGUGCGAUUGUGAUGGAGAAGCCCAAUGUGAGGUGGAGUGAUGUGGCCGGACUGGAGGGGGCAAAAGAAGCCCUGAAAGAAGCUGUCAUUCUACCCAUCAAAUUCCCACACCUGUUCACAGGCAAGCGCACUCCAUGGAGGGGCAUUCUUCUCUUCGGGCCCCCCGGCACAGGAAAGUCCUAUCUGGCCAAAGCUGUGGCCACCGAGGCCAAUAACUCCACCUUCUUCUCCGUGUCUUCUUCGGACCUCAUGUCUAAGUGGCUCGGCGAGAGUGAAAAACUGGUGAAGAAUCUGUUCGAUCUGGCUCGCCAGCACAAACCCUCCAUCAUCUUCAUAGACGAGGUGGAUUCUCUCUGUGGAUCCAGAAAUGAGAAUGAGAGCGAAGCCGCUCGGAGGAUCAAGACGGAGUUCCUGGUGCAGAUGCAGGGUGUUGGUAAUAAUAGUGAUGGGAUAUUAGUUCUCGGUGCUACUAACAUUCCCUGGGUCCUUGAUGCUGCUAUUCGCAGAAGGUUUGAGAAGCGCAUCUACAUCCCGCUCCCCGAGGAACCGGCGAGAGCGGCCAUGUUCCGCUUACAUCUGGGUAACACACCUCACAAUCUGACCGAGGCAGACCUGCGUCAACUGGCCCACAAAACAGACGGAUACUCUGGAGCUGAUAUCAGCAUCAUAGUACGAGACGCUCUCAUGCAGCCUGUCAGGAAAGUGCAGUCCGCUACGCACUUCAAAAAGGUGCGAGGCCCGUCUCGCAGUAACAGCUCCGUCAUGGUGGAUGACCUCCUGAUGCCGUGUUCCCCCGGUGACCCUGAUGCCAUAGAAAUGACCUGGAUGGAUGUACCUGGUGACAAACUGCUGGAGCCCAUAGUGUGCAUGGUGAGAUCCUGA